GCACUUCCACGUGAGACACUUUUACGUGUUGCUGUUGCAACGUGUUAUGGCGUCAUGACUCAAUGCUGACAGUUCGACACAGUUUGACAGGUGCGAUAUAUUUUUUUGAAUGCUUCGAAUAUUUGCGAAUGUCGUGGAGGAUUGGAAAUCCGCGUAACGUGAAGAGAGUAAUUUUCACAACGUAUGCGAAAUGUCAACGUGAAAUUGGAGCUUAUCUGCUUGCUCACGGUGAACUGACAAUACAUUUCUUCCAACUCGGUCGCGUCGUAGCACUCGCUCAGGGUUCACGUUCUCGCACGAGAGCAGAUUUAUAACGCCCGGCGGUAUCCCGGACGACGAGAACAUGUCGCAGUACUGCGUUACGUUGCACGACUUCGCGGUGCAUAUCACGAUGACGGAAUUGCCGACGAUCAGGCACUGCGUCAAUUUACGAAACAGAUUCGGGAGGUUCUUCUCCGUGAGCUUGAUGACGCCUUUCGGCUUACGGGUUCUCGUCAAGAAUUGCUCUCGAAUGAAUGCUGAGGAUUCAACAAGCUCGCGAACGCAUGUGGCAUGUGUAUCCAUUUCGUCCGACAUUACGUCCGACAAUUCGCGACAAUUAGAAGAAAGAAGAGAAAACGAAAAGAUAAAGUACAUCGAGUCUUGAUUAGUCAUCGCCGCGUAUCCACCGGAAGGAACGUCUUUUUUUCAUCAUUCACAAGAUAUCUCCGAGCUCUGCGUUCGCGUGUUCCCGUUGGAGAAUGGAUUCACGUCGCGAGAUAAGACCGAUCGCUUACUUGACGCGGAAGGCACAGAUAUCUUGCUGCCAUCGCUUGAACAGCCUGUCGCUGAGCGAGCAAGAAAAUAAACAAGUCUUUGGAAAAUGUAACAAUAAGUGGGGUCAUGGUCACAAUUACACCGUGGAAGUAACCGUUCGCGGACCUGUAGACCCACGAACGGGGAUGGUUAUGAACUUGGAGGCCUUAAAGGAUUGCAUGCAGAAGGUGCUGGAUCAAAUGGAUCAUAAGAAUAUAGAUAAACAAGUGGACUACUUCAAAGAAACGGUCUCGACAACCGAAAAUGUCGCGAUUUACAUAUUCGAGGAGCUAAAGGAGCAAAUGUCCUUCUCACACAACAACCCCGAAUUGUUGUACGAAGUCAAGGUCCACGAAACUGAUAAGAAUGUUAUGUGUUUUAGGGGGGAAUACGAUUGAAAUGUUUCCUCUGUUUCUUAAUUAGAUCAUUUAAUAGUAUAGACUUGUUUAUAUCUUUGAUAUUUGUUUCGUGUUUUUUAUUACAUUUUUAUAAUACAGUUACACGAUUGUAUAAUUACAUUAAAACAAUCGAAAAUAAUAUAUAUAUAUAUGUAAAAAUUAUGUACUAUAUAGGUAAUAUAGAAAAUUUAACAUUCCAGUUUCGCCAUUUCAGUUUCGUCAAACCAGAGUAGUUGUAGUAGCAGUCAAUUGUAGUUACAAUCUACAGUAUGGCAAAAAAUUAAAUGCUUCACCCGUAA